AUGGAGCAAGAAGAACAAGAAACCCCAGCAACACCAAGAACACCAAAGCCUUCAUCAACAACAUAUAAUUUGGUGCUUGCAAUUAUGAGCAAAAGGAUAACAUGGGUAUGCCUUUUUGUUAUAGUAUAUGCAAUCUUGUUAUCAUCUUCAUGGAAUUGGCUCAAAUCCAUACUUUCUUGGUACAAACAACAAGAAUUGCAAGGUAGCUCUGCAUCUGGGUGGCCUGCUUUGUAUGCGUCAGUGCUUCUUGGUGCAGUUUUUGGAUUUCUUUCAAUGGUUGCAGCUCUUGCUGUGGCUGUGCCAGCCACUUUGGUUAUAUGGAUCACUGUUGUGGUUAUGUUAACUUUCUUUGGGAAGCCAAGAAGGACUUUGGUCAUUGAAGGAAGAAAGAUCACGAAAGAGAUUAUUGGGUUUGUGUUCAAGAUUGUGUUGAAAGAAGGGAAUGCUGUUGCUGCUGUUUGUGCUAUUUUGGGAUACUUUGCUCUUGUCAGAAGGAAUUGUGAAGUUGAUUAA